GUUUCAAGUAACCAUGGUAAAAGAGUAAAUUUGAAUAAAUAUUAUUAAAAGUAAAAGCCUAAGCGAUCCGCGCCAUUUCAAGGGAGAGAAAUCCAACCGAUACGGAAUGGAUGUGACUAAAAAAAACUUCAAAGAGAGCCUAGCUCAAAUACAGCAGGCUAUCACAGAAUGUAACUUCAUAGCUAUUGAUGGGGAAUUCACUGGUUUGAAUCAUGCAGGUGCUUCCCAUUGCGCUGUGUUUGACACUCCAGAGGAACGUUAUCAUAAACUUGUAGAGGGAGCGAGUGAUUUUCUGCUUAUACAGUUUGGCUUGUGCACAUUCACCUUUGAUGGAGAAACCAAAAAAUAUACAGCUAAGCCUUUCAACUUCUACAUUUUCCCGCGCCCCUUCUCGCGAGCUGCCCCUGAUAUUCGAUUCACAUGUCAGAGCUCCAGUCUGGAUUUCCUGCUCUCCCAGGGGUUUGACUUCAACAAGAUGAUUGGAGAGGGCAUCUCCUACCUCCGUCCAGCAGACGAGGCCCGACUUAAGGACCAGGUUCAAAAGAAGCACGAGGUUUUCUCCUCCCCAGCCUUUAUAACCCCCGGCAACACCUCCCAGGGGGGCAUCCCUAAAGGUCCAGUGGAGAUCCCACCGGAGAUGGAGAGCUUUGUGGAAGAAAUAUGCAAGAAAGUGGAAAAGUUCCUGGAGUCAGGUGAACACGAGACACUGUCCCUACCCUCAGUGUCAGCCUUCCAGAGGAAACUCACCUACCAGUCACUGCAGGCAAAGUUUGGAACCGAAAUCCAUUUGCAAGCAAAGACUGGAGACAACAGAGAACGCUUCAUAGUUGUUACCAAAGUCAAGGGAGAAGAAGGCAUGAAACAGAUUGAAGCCAACCGGCAAAAACAGGAUCUGGAUGAGAUAGAUGAUGCAGUUGGCUUUACCCAUGUCAUCAAAAUGAUCUCACAAAGUGGCAAGUUGGUGGUAGGACACAACAUGCUGCUUGAUAUUGCUCACACCAUCCACCAGUUCAUGUAUCCCCUGCCGACAGAAUACCAAGACUUCAAAGCCAUGUGCAGAUGUGUGUUUCCAAGGUUAAUAGAUACAAAACUUAUGGCCAGUACACAGCCAUUCAAGGACAAAAUAGACAACUCAGGUCUCGGAAAUCUACUUCAUAUAACACAGAUAUCGCCAUUCAGAAAGCCCAGUAUUGAAAUAGCCGAGGGAAUGGACGCCCGUUACUGCGGCACAGAGACUCCCCAUGAGGCAGGCUACGAUGCUUGCAUCACCGGACAGUGCUUCAUAUCUCUGGCCAACCACCUGGGAGACUGUGUGAAACCUGCAGUGGAUCAUGUCCUUCCAGGCUCACAGCUAUUGGAACCAUUUCUGAACAAGAUAUUCAUGAUGCGUUCCUUGGAUAUCCCCUAUAUGGACCUAACAUCACCUGACUUAAAUCCAUCCCGUGACCAUGUAUUUCACAUUAGCUUUCCUGUGGAUUGGAAACAUACAGACAUCAGUCAGCUGUUCUCACCCUUUGGCAAUGUGUAUAUUGGAUGGCUAGAUGACACUUCAGCCUACGUGUCACUGCACUCCAAGUCGCAGACAUCAUCAGUUAUGAAGUCCCUCUGCAAGAAGGGGUCAGUGUACCGACUGAUGACCUACCAGGAACAUAAGGACCAGUACAAGUGGACCCCUCAAAAUACGCCCGGCACCUACCCUGGAUCCACUCCUGGCAAGACCUCAGAUGGCAGUGCCCCUACCAUUAACUCUCAGAUGACCCCUACCCAGGAUCAGUAUCACUCAGAAGGGGCCAAGAAAGGGGCCAAGCGCACCCAUUCUCCAGAUUUGGAGGAGGACGCUGGCGAUGGUGGCAGCAGUGCUAAAAAGUCAAAACCAUUGAAUGUUGAUGCCCCAGUGUUCCAGUCUCGUUUAACACCAACAAAUACACCAGAAAAAGAUGAUAAGUUGCAAUGGCCUGACAACAUCAACAGUUCUGAAAAGAAAAUUGUCAUUCUUCAAAGACCGCAGCAGAACGGUUCACAAAGGGGUUAUUAUAAUAAUAAACGGCACUUCAAUAAUCGCAAUGACAAGAGAAACAACUUCAAACGGGGUCAUAUACGACAGGACAAUCCAGGCUUUGAAAUAAAAGAUGAGGACUUUCCACCGUUACCUGGCUCUGAGUAGACUGUAACAAUUUCUCUGAACCGGAAGACCACAAAUUGUUUGCUGAGCCAACAGACUGGUGAUAUUCAGUGGACACAAUCAGUGGUUGUUAACCUAACCUUAAAUGGACUUGUCACAUAGUCAUAUGCGACUGUGAUAUUCAAUGAACACAAUCAGUGGUUGUAAAACCCUGAUUUCAUCGACCUCUUUAAUAGUAACAUGAAGCUGUGAUAUUGUGAACAAGGAAAUAUAGAUAUUGCUGUUACAUAAGUAAUUUGUACAAUGCCUUUAGCAUAAUGUCAUACCGUACAAUUUGUUUUCUAAAUCAUGGAAGCCCCUAUUUCUCAAUUCUUGUGUAGUAAGUUGAGAGGAGAUUAUCUUAAGCUCACUUUUUGUGCCCCCGGAUCGAUAGAUCAGGGGUGUAUUGUUUUUGGCCUGUCUUUCUGUCUGUCAUUCUGUCCCAAAACUUUAACCUUACAGUAAAGGUUUGCAAUAACUUUUGAAAUAUUGAACAUAGCAACUUGAUAUUUGGCAUGCAUGUGUAUCUCAUGGAGCUGCACAUUUUGAGUGGUGAAAGGUCAAGGUCAUCCUCCAAGGUCAAAGGUAAAAAAAUUCUGUCCCAAAACUUUAACCUUACAGUUAAGUUUUGCAAUAACUUGAAAUAUUGAACAUAGCAACUUGAUAUUUGGCAUACCUGUGUAUCUCAUGGAACUGCACAUUUUGAGUGGUGUAAGGUCAAGGUCAUCCUUCAAGGUCAAAGGUCAACAACAAAAAAAGAGGCACAUUAGGGGGCAUUGUUUUUCUGACAAACACAUCUCUUGUUCAUAUUACAAUUAAAUAUGGAUUGCAGAUGCUGUAUAAUCAACUUAAAAAUGUAAAAAUAAAAAUUGUGAAUUGAAUAAACGCACUUAGUGACA